CACAUAGCCACUAUUCCCAUCAACCCCGUUACGAAGCUGUACCAGCCCCCGAUAUCCCAACAUGCGUCCGCUCUUAUUGUCCGGACACGAGAGAGCGCUGAACCAGAUCAAGUUCAACAGAGAAGGCGAUCUGCUCUUUUCCUGCUCCAAGGAUCAAGUGGUCAAUGUCUGGUAUUCUCAUAAUGGAGAGAGACUAGGCACGUACGAGGGAAACAAUGGUAGCGUGUGGAGCAUCGACCCGGAUUACUCUUCCUCCUUGCUGGUGACGGGAUCGGCGGCCAAUCAGAUGAAGUUGUACGAGGUUUCGACUGGCAAAUGUCUCUUUACGUGGGAAUUCGACACUGCCGUCAAGUGCGUCGCCUUCUCGGAGGACGGCACGCAGGUGCUAGCAAUCACAGAGCAGAGGAUGGGUUUCCGUGCAACCUUGAAAGUGUUUCGCAUCAACCGAGAUGCAGAGACUUGGACCCAGCAAUCGUCGGAGCCUAUAAGGAAUAUCACGUUCAGCGGUCCCAAAGCAACCGUGGCUGCUUGGGCGCCUGCGGAUCAGUACAUCAUCACUGGGCACGAGAAUGGAAAGGUGGCAGCUUACUAUCACGAUGAAAAGGAGCCAGAGAGUGGGGUGGAUGCAGAGUUGGAGGAGAAUAGCGUAAAUGCGCACCCGGAUGCGCAGGUGACGGAUCUGCAGCUGAGCGCAGACGGAACGUAUCUGAUCACUAGCAGCAAAGACAAGACUGCCAAGCUGAUCGAUGCCAAGUCGCUCGCCAUCCUCAAGACCUACACCACCUCUACGCCUCUCAACAGCGCUGCUAUUCAUCCAACUCGACCCUACGUCAUCAUCGGAGGAGGGCAGGAUGCCAUGAACGUCACAACGACGAGCGCGAGGCAAGGUCGUUUCGAAGCUCGAUUUUGGCACAAGGUGUUCGAGGAGGAAUGCUCCACCAUCGCUCAGCACUUUGGCCCGAUUCACUCGAUCAUCAUUCACCCCAGCGGAAAGUGCUUUGCGUCGGGCGGAGAAGAUGGCUACGUGAGGGUCAACUGGUUCGAUCAGGCCUUUUUCACGGUCAAGCCUUAUGGCCCUGCGCUCGACUUGUCGCCCGAGGAUAACUAGACGUUGUAUUCUGAGCAUCUCCCUCCAUCAAAAUGUCAUCGACGAGCGCGCUAGACUGAUAGUGAUACAAAGAGGGGCGCGAGCACAGCUAAGAGAGGCAAUGUGGCGCCAGCGCGAGCGCGAGCGCGAGCGCAUCCCGCGUUGCGUCUGGUGGAGCCUUUGGAAGUGCUGCCUCCUCGAUUACCUCUGCUUCCAUUCGAGUCGAGUAUCAAUUGUCUGUUGUUGGUGCCUUGCGGCUCAAAGGCCGACGUGCUGACAGAGGCCUGGCUCUGCGCUUGCUGCGUGAGAAAGACGAGGACGACGCUCGGAGCAGGCACUCGCAAAGUGCAUCGUUGGGAAGGGCACGCUAGCGUCUGGACGUCCUCGGUGCCGAU